AUGUUUUACUUGAUCACAUCGCAAGAUGUUGCCCUGCUCAGCCUUGCGCCGGGCCAGGUUGAAACGGAGAAGUAUUGUACGAUCCUGAUCCACUAUGAGAAGGGCGUGCCGCCAACCUCUGAAGAGCUGGCAAAGAAGCUGGAGAGUAAGAAGGAGACCGUGCAAGCUGAAGCCCUUGAAGAGCUCAUUCUGCUGAUGAUCAAUGGUGAGUCUUACCCAAAGCUUUUGAUGACCAUCAUCCGUUUCGUGGUUACUAGCCGGGAUCACAGAGUCAAGAAGCUGCUGCAGAUCUACUGGGAGAUUGUUGAGAAGACCAAGGACACCGGCGACCUCAAAGAAGAGAUGAUCCUCGUGUGCAAUGCCUUGCGAAAUGACUUGAUGCAUGCCAACGAGUACGUGUGUGGCUCGACACUACGGUUGUUGUGCAAGAUGAAGUACUACAGGAUCCUAGAACCCUUGAAGGAGGCUGUCCUCAGGAAUCUCGCGCAUAGGCACUCAUACGUACGUCGAAAUGCAGUGAUGUGCGUCUUCUCCAUCGUCAAGAGCUUUGGCGUCGAGGUCUUACCGGAGGCACCUGAGGAUAUUGAGCAGCUGCUGUUGGUUGAGGGCGAUCUCUCAACGAAGCGUAACGCUUUCCUCAUGCUCGUGAAUUGCGACCAGGAGAGGGCCAUCAAGUACGUCCUGAGCUUGCAAGACCAAGUGAGUUCCAUGGGUGACAUUUUCCAGCUGGCGGUUUUGGAGCUGGUGCGAAAGGUUUGCCGCUCAACGUCAGUGAACAAGGGUCGAUUCCUCCGCAUUGUUUUUGAUUUGGCAGCCUCCUCUUCGACCGCAGUGUCCUAUGAGUGCGCCUCCAGCUUAGUGACGCUCUCCUCAUCUCCUGUAGCCAUCCAUCAAGCAGCACAGGCGUACGUGCAGCUUUUGACUGAGCAGUCGGACAACAACGUCAAGCUGAUUGUUUUGGACCGCUUGCGGGACGUGCAGAAACACCACAAGCAGGUCAUGGAGGGAAUGGUCAUGGACAUCUUCCGUGCUCUGAGCUGUCCCUCCCUGGACGUGCGGAAGAAGGUAGCAAACUCAGCAGUUUGUCGGCCCCAACGCUUCUGCCGUUGGACACUUGGAGUCAAACCCAUAGCCACCUAUCAAGAGCUGCAUCGCUGCGUCCUCAAUUUUCCGUCCGCAGCCAUGGCACCAACCACGAUCUCGGCCCCGGGGCGUUUUCUGUCGCUGCCCAAAUCGGUCGCGAGCGUUGGAGUAGAUGCGUGGAACAAGAAGGCGCAGCUGGCGCAGAUGCUGAAAACAUUGGACGGAUCGUGCAAGGCGAGAACCGUCAGCGAAGUGAUGCAAGAAGUGCGCGGCUUCUUCACUCUAGGCCAUUUGCUCUAUGCAUACGCUUACUUGCGCAUGCUGCACUACAAGGAUCCCAACCUUUACUACGCUGCACUGUGGACGGACCCUGCCUUUCUUCUGCCCAUCGUGUAUACGCCCACCGUUGGGGAAGCCUGUCAGAAGUUUGGCAUGUUGCCAUUUUUCCCGCGGGGAUGCUAUGUCUCCAUCUCCGAUUGCGGGAAGAUCAAAGAAGUGCUUGCAGAAUAUGCUGAAUGCAUGCUUCCCAAGGAUUCCAAUGGCAACUACGAAUGCCAGUGCAUCGUCUUCUCUGACGCUGGUCGAAUUUUAGGUCUUGGAGAUCUGGGUUGUUGGGGCAUGGGAAUUCCCAUCGGCAAGCUCGACCUCUACACUGUUUGUGCUGGCUUCAACCCCUACAAGACUAUUCCAGUGAUCAUCGAUGCUGGCUGCACCGAUGCUAGUGGCAAUUCGGCCAAGUUGACCAUCAGGGAUCACGAUCUGUACACAGGACUCAAACAGGAUCGGAUGAAGCAUGAAGGAGAGUCAGGUGCCUUAGUGAACACAGCUUACUAUGGAGCCUGCUCGCUUAUUGAAGAGUUCAUGACAGCUGCCACGGAGCUUUUCUCGGAGAAGUGCCUCUUGCAGUUCGAGGACUUCAACACCAACGAUGCCUUCCCUUUAUUGGAGGCGUAUCGCAACAAGUUCCUCAGCUACAAUGACGACAUCCAGGGCACUGCAGCAGUGGUGGUGUCCGCCAUUUUGGGCGGCAUCCGCUUGCAGAAACCAGGUAACAAAGAGCUGAUCAGGGAGCUUCGAAAGCGGAAGGUGGUGUUCCAUGGUGCUGGCUCAGCCAACUUAGGAAGUGCCAACCUUCUGAGAAACGAAGCUGGUGUUCCAAAGGAGUCCAUCGUAGUAACGAAUUCCAAAGGUGUGAUCUGGAAGUCGGAGAGUGGCAACGAAGGCAACUUCAAGAACUUUGAGCAGAAGGAUGUUGCCUCCAUCGGUCAACCCAGUGGCUACGACCACACCAGCCUCCUUGGGAUUCUGAAGCACCACAAACCCGAUAUUUUGAUCGGGGCUGUCGGGCAGGCGCCCAACUGCUUCAACAAGGAGGUCGUAGAAACGAUGGUGCAAAUCCAAAAGGAAAAACCAGGAGGUGGAGGAAGACCCAUCAUCUUCGCCCUUUCCAAUCCUAUGAGUCAAGCAGAGAUUACAGCGGAGGAUUGCUACAAUUUCUCGGACGGUGAGGCCAUUUUUGGCUCUGGAACCCGCUUCCCACCAGUGACCUACAAGAAGAGGCAAAGAGUUCCUGGACAAGUGAACAACUUCUUCAUCUUCCCUGGCAUGUCCUUUGGGGCUUAUUGGUGUGAAGCUGAAAGGAUUCCAGACAAGUGGUUCAUGGUAGCAGCUGCCGUGGUGGCGCAAACCUUGGACGAUAAGGAUUUGGAGGCGGAGUCAGUCUUGCCACAUCCAUCUAGGAUCCAGCAGGUAGCUCACAAUGUCGCUGUGAAGGUGGCCAUGACCGCGCAGCGGGACGGACUGGCCAAGCAACCUCUCGGUGACGAUAUUGCAAUGGUGAGUGCCGCGCUCAAGGCUCGGCGCUGGUCACCUCGUCGAGUAGCCGAAGGCUAUGGCCAAGGCUGCAACGACAAUUGUACCAUUUCUUGAUGCGCCGAUCUUCAAGGCAUCCAUGGCACCGAUUUCAGUUUGGAAGCAAUAUUGGAAGCUUUUCUGAGAGCUCGAGCGCAACUGAUAGGACCAACAAGCCGCAGCACGGUUUGAUCUAAUGAUUUGAGCUUGACUUAAGUGGUCCAUCAAGUCACACAAGGUCC